AUGGAUUCUGCAGCAACUACUUCUUCAAGAAUAAAGCCUUUUUUUAUAGAGGGAGAUUACGGUCCUGAUUCUGUUGCGGAAAUGGAAACCGGAUCCUCGGUUAACGGCCGUCGACAGAAUCAUUCUAUAAUUCCGAGCGCCUUUUAUUGUAAUUCUCCGCCGAGAAUGAGGAAUCUAUCGAUGCGUGUUCUCUCUGCAACCAACCUCUCAGUACUAAUAAAGACAUCUUCAUGUAUAGGUACACCUUCGACUCCAUUCUGCAGUGUAGAGUGCAGACGAGAUCAAAUAGAGAUUGAUGAAGCCAAAGAGAAGAAAUUGAAUCUCUCUGCUUCAGUGAGAGCCUUAAGAACAAAGCAGCAAACAAAAUCAAGUUCAUCCAAUAAACCCCAACCAGAUUCCCCUUUCCGUACUGGUACAGUCUUUGCUGCUUAA